AGCCUUUUUCAGUAUUUGUUUCAAAGUUUUUUCCAAAAAAAAAAACAUCCCUCCCACCUCAAAAAAUUUCAAAUACUAUUACAAUGGCGGUCGAAAUUCGAAACCCUUAUUUCAUUUCAACCUUAUAAACACACACACUCAAACCCUUUCUCUCACACUCACAACAAACAAAUUCGAUCGAUCUACCUUCCUAUUAUUUUUUUUUGGUUUCAGUUUCCUCCAUUUAACAGUUGUUUGCAAUGGCCGACCAAGGAGGAAACUGCGUGAGAGUCACGCGCUUGGCGGCGAAGAAGAGAGCUGCCGGAGAGGCAAUGCAACCGCAGGAGAACAAGAAGAAGCGAGUGGUUUUGGGCGAGAUCCAAAACAUUUUGUCCGGUCUGGAUGGUAAAAAUCAGAAUAAUUACCCAAAGGCGAACGAGAAGAAAAGGAAAGAGAUUCGUGUGAAGGUGACGAAGAGUUUGAAGGAGCGAAAUGCUUCUGGAAUUGACGUUAAUGGCGAACGCGAUGAUCCACAGAUGUGCGAAGCCUAUGUUUCUGAUAUUUAUGAUUAUCUUCGUAAUAUGGAGAUGGAGGCAAAGAGAAGGCCACUGUCGAAUUACUUGGAAAAAAUACAAAAAGUGAUGACACCGAACAUGAGAGGGAUCUUGAUCGAUUGGUUAGUCGAAGUCGCGGAGCAGUACAAGCUUUUAUCGGAUACGUUAUACCUAACCGUUUCUUACAUCGAUCGAUUCUUGUCUACAAACACUGUUGUUCUGAAAAACCUCCAGCUUCUUGGUGUUUCUUCAAUGCUCAUUGCCUCGAAAUACGAGGAGAUUAGUCCGCCGCACGUGGAGGAUUUUUGUUACAUCACCGAUAACACGUAUACGAAGGACGAUGUACUGAAAAUGGAAGCCGACGUGCUCAAAUCGUUAAAUUUUGAGAUCGGAAAUCCUACGGUGAAGACAUUUCUUAGAAGAUUCACCAGAACUAUUCAAGAAGAUUAUGAGAGUCCCGAUUUGCAGUUUGAGUUCUUGGGUUAUUACUUAGCAGAGCUAAGCUUGCUAAAUUACAACUGCGUGAAAUUCUUGCCUUCGUUAGUGGCUGCAUCGGUCGUAUUUCUCUCAAGAUUUACGCUCAAUCCUAAGCUAAAUCCAUGGAACGAAGCUCUACAACGUUGUACGGGAUACAAAGCUUCGGAACUUAAAGAAUGUGUCGGAAUUCUUCACGGCUUGCAAACGAAAAAAAUAUCCCCAUCUUUGGUUGCUGUGAGAGACAAAUACAAGCAGCUAAAGUUCAAAUCUGUGGCCGCACUUUCUUUGCCUUCGGAAGUACUGCGUUCCGUUUUCGAUGGGAUCAAAGAUGAAUAAUUCGACAUUUUGAAGUUGUGACGAAGAUGUAUAUAAUGAUGAUGUCAAGUUAGAUUAGUGCCCUCUGCCCAUUGCAUUCAUUAGUCAUUAGUCAUUACUAACACAGACAGUAAUUUUUUUAUAUUUUGUAUUUUUUUUCUCGUAUUUUUAUUUGUAUUCGUAUUCGUUUUCGGUUGUGCCUUUGA